AUGUACAAAACCUACCAUCAAGAGGCUGACAUAAGAACAAGGUGUAAGAUUCAUGUCCACAAAGGCCGUGUUCUUAUUGGUUGUUUGGAUGAAACAGGCAAGUUAGACUAUGGUCAAGUUUACAUCAGAAUUACAAAGAAUCACAAGGAGCAGAAGGACAAUAAGCAACCAUUCUUUUAUAACAAUGAUGGCAAAACAGCCGUAGUUGUUGGAAAAGUUGCAGUCUCAAAAAACCCAUGUCUCCAUCCUGGCGAUAUCAGAGUACUUGAAGCUGUAUAUGACCCUGGAUUGGAUGCUAGGGGCCUUGUUGAUUGUGUUGUGUUUCCUCAGAGAGGGGAAAGAUCAGGGGGCGAUUUGGAUGGCGACCUCUUCUUUAUUGCCCGGGAUGACAAACUGAUACCAGAGAAGGUUGAUGCACCUAUGGACUACACUGCAACAAGGCCACGUAUAAUGGACCAUGUUGUUACACUUGAGGAAAUUCAGAAGCACUUUGUUGAUUACAUGAUAAAUGAUGCGCUCGGUGUUAUCUCAACUGCUCGUGACCCGUUGAAAGCUCGGAGCCCCGAGUGCCUCCAGCUCGCUGCUCUGCACUCCAUGGCAGUCGACUUCGCCAAGACCGGAGCUCCAGCCGAGAUGCCCCGGGCGCUGAGGCCCCGGGAGUUCCCGGACUUCAUGGAGCGGUGGGAGAAGCCAAUGUACGUCUCCAACGGCGUCCUCGGCAAGCUCUACCGCGCAGCCGUACGCCACGCGGAGAACUCGGAGGAUCUCCUGCCCGCGGCCCUGCCGAGCCGCGCGUACGACCCGGACCUCGAGGCCCCUGGCUUCCGUGAGUUCCUGGACGCCGCCGAGGAGUGCUACGAGGUGUACGCCGAGACGCUGGGCACCCUGAUGAGCUACUACACGGCGGAGCGCGAGGACGAGAUCCUGACGGGCAACAUCCGGAACAAGCUGCUGUACCUGCGGCGGGACAACAAGCGGUACUUCGAGAUGAAGGACCGGAUCGUGGCCGCCGUCGACGCGCUGCACGACGAGGUGAGGGGGUGGCUCAGGGGCCGCGGGGAGGAGGAGGCGUCGAGGAUGGCGUCGGUGUGGUACCACGUGACGUACCACCCGGACCACCGCGGGGGGAAGCGGUUCUGGAGCCUCCCCUGGGUCGUCUGCGACAACCUGCUGGCGAUCAAGGCCGCGCGAAGGUGCCGGAGGCAGGCGGACGUGGACGGCGCCGCUCCGAUGGACUGCGGCGCCUGA